AAGAGAAAAUAAUUGUGUCAGGUUCUUAGAGCAUGUCAAAUCCAUUCGCGCCUGUGGAAGUCUAUCGAUUAUGUCUAUCGAGAGGUUUAGAAUUUCACUCGGUCGGGGAAUCUCAUUCAAGUAACGUGUAUGUAUGUACCUAACUUCGUUUAGUAACCGAACAGAUCCGUAAUAUUUAGGUUAAAUGGUGUUUACAUAUCGUUUUUACCGUAAAGGAGAGUUGAAAAUGAUAAUAAUUAAUGAAAUGUGAUCGUAACGUGGGGUCACAAGUAGCUGGAAAAUCAUGUUUUUUCCGAUAGGAUGGCCGAGGGUGUUAAAUACACCUGAAACUGAAAAAAUUCGUGCUGUCGUUUGUAACAGGGAUAAAAUAUUAUUUGCUAUUCUAACUAAUGACGUGGUAGCCAUCUGGUAUUGCAAGCCCUGUGUACCGAUUGUGUUUCUGAGGCGGCCUCAAGAUUCAAUCAAAAAUCAUGGGGAUAAUAUCUUGGUUCAGUGGCGACCUGACUCUAGUAUGCUUGUUGUUGCGACAUCAGACAGUUACCUAUUAUUCUUUCGAUUGACGGAGUACAGUGUUGAAGGAAGAGGGCUGUAUGAGCAAAAAGACUCACCUGUGAGUAGUCUGAAACGCGAUAGUGCUGAACUAUUUGUCAAAGAAAUUAUUCCACCCAUUGUUUUAACUUUGGAAAAGUCUGUAUGGGUUGAUGGUGGUAUUAGUUCACUAGUCUGUAUUAGGGAUGAAUUGAUGGUAGCGACUAAGACAAGCCAUGUAAUGAGAUACAAAUGGGAUGGUACCGCAAAUCGUGAUUAUUUCCUUGACUUACGUCGAGUUCCAUUCAGUGUGGAUCAGCAAGUAUCCACUGUAGCGCUCCCAAUUACUGAAAACAAUGUACAUGUUUCGGAUAUUGAAUAUUCCCCCUUAGUCGGGGGAUUUGCGGUGACACUGAGUAAUGGCAAGGCAGCAUUUCUUACGGCACAAUCUUUGAAAUUUGACCCUAACCAAGUACAGGGUAUAUGGGCAAAAGAUUUGGAGGAUGCAACAUGUGCAGCUGUGAAUCACAAGUAUCGUCUUAUAGCUAUCGGUAGACAAAACUCUCAAGGUGUGGUUUACUAUGUCGAUGAAACGACAGGUGGUUUGGAAAUAUCUCAUACGUUGAGCCUUUUAUCUAAAGAUUACCCAGGUACACCAGGAUUUGUAAAAUGCUUAAAGUGGACACCAGAUGGUUGCGCAAUUGCAGUUGCUUGGGAAGGGGGUGGCCUGGGUGUUUGGAGCACAUUUGGUGCAUUAUUACUAUGCACUUUGAAAUGGGAUUACGGCCUUAGGGUAGACUUGAGCCGAGACAACCCCCUUCACAUUCAUGCCAUGGAAUGGUCAGCAGAGGGGUAUCAAUUAUGGAUGCUCCAAGAGUCACUUGAACCAACCGCAUCUGAGGAAUCUGGCGAUCAUCUACUGAGUCGAAAGCGGUCUCUUGUCCAAUUGGAUUUUGUCAAAAGCCCCUUGACCGUCAAUCCCUGUAUGAGUCAUCAUGGUCAUUUGUAUCUACAAGGAGAAGAUCGUUUGUAUUUGAACUUGGGUGGUGGCGGUGUAUCCACAACUACCAGUGCACUUUAUUCUUCAAAUGAAUCGCCAUUAGAUACUUCAAAUCAAGCUCUUGCAGGAUGUAAGCAAUGGUUAGUCGUUCCGAUACCGAGUGUUUACAGUGGUUCUAAUUGGCCAAUACGGUAUACUGCCAUAGACAAUGAAGGGAUGAGCAUUGCGGUUGCUGGUCGUGCAGGUCUAGCGCAUUAUUCCUUGCCUUCGAGAAAAUGGAAACUGUUUGGAAAUGAAACUCAAGAGCGUGAUUUCAUGGUAACUGGAGGUUUAUUGUGGCAUCGAGGGCACUUAAUUGCUGGAAGUUAUUCCCUACUAGAGGAUAAAGACGAGAUCAGAAUCUAUCCAAGAGAUACACGAUUAGACAAUAGUUAUGCCAAAAAUAUUAAAAUGCCAGCCCAAGUUUUAUUACUCAAUACAAUGAAAGACAGACUACUCACAUUCUGUGCCAAUGGGCAAGUCAGCAUUUAUGACAUGAUUCUCGAAGGUGGUGAAGGGAAGAGUGGAAUAGAGCUAACGAGGAUACAGACGGUCGAUAUUAGUGGUCUUUGCGUUCAUCCAGCUUGUGUUGUGAGCGCUACUCUAACUACAAUUCGUGCAGAAACAGCUGGAAGUCAUCCGCAUCCCGAAAGUCUCCUAUUGAAUGUUUCUGGACGUUUGCUUAUGGUUCAAAGAGAUCAUUGCAACGAUAAUUCUGAAGUGUUAUACGCAUGUAGUCCACCUACGGUCCUUGCUUCCUGCGUUGAAAAUGUCUGGGUUCCAUGGCGGUCUAGGAGAGAUAAGCCACACUUAACAGAAGCUUUAUGGUUAUUUUGUGGAGCUCAUGGAAUGAGGGUAUGGCUUCCAUUGUUUCCAAGAAAUCACCAAGAUAAAGCACAUACCUUCAUGAGCAAGAGGAUAAUGCUACCUUUUCAUCUAAGAAUCUAUCCCAUGGCAAUACUCUUCGAGGACGCGAUCUUACUUGGUGCUGAAAAUGAUACUGUGUUAUAUACUUCAGAUACAAACUCCCCAUUUUCGUUACCUUUCAGUGUAUUGGAGUUGACGAGCCAAGUAUACCUGCACCAAAUACUCCGUCAACUAAUUCGGCGUAAUUUGGGAUAUCAUGCGUGGGAGAUAGCUAGAUCAUGUUCUGCUCUUCCAUAUUUUCCACACGCCUUAGAACUUUUAUUACAUGAGGUUUUGGAAGAAGAAGCUACGAGCAAAGAACCGAUUCCAGAUGCGCAGCUACCAUCUGUUGUGGAAUUUAUUCGUGAAUUUCCCGGUGUCUGGGCACGUGCUGUCGUCCAAUGUGCCAGAAAAACUGAAAUUGCGCUAUGGCCGUACUUGUUUUCGGUAGCUGGACCUCCGAAAAAACUACUUCAAGAUUGCUUGCAAAGACAGCAACUUGAUACAGCUGCUAGUUAUUUAAUAAUUUUACAAAAUCUAGAACCUUCAUCAGUAAGCCGUCAACAUGCAACUCUCCUACUAGAUGCUGCUUUGGAACAGGGCAGAUGGGAACUUUCUCGAGAUUUAGUGCGAUUUCUUCGAGCAAUUGAUCCAAACGAUGUGGAAUCGCCCCGCUCAUCAUGGGGUGGAACAGGAAAGUUAGGUGGUCCUGCGCAAACACCUCCUGUAUCUCCUAAUGAAGAAGAUUUGUCACUAGUCUUGGGUACCAUGCAAGUUUCCCGGAGUAGAAGUUACAGUACCACCUCAACCCCCAAGGUUCAGACUGAACCAAUCGGUAAAGAGGUUGCUCCAUCGUCCGUUUUGGAAAAAACUAGAAAUGUUGUGAUGAGACGUAAAAAGUCUGUCCCCACUGCAAAGUCCGAAAAAAGUGAAAACAAAGAGGGAUCAGCAGAAGAAUUUUUCAUCGAUGUUAUACUGCAACGUCACGCAAGGCGUUUGUUAACGGCUCGUCGACUGGCAGACUUGGGAAGAUUUGCCGCACGUCUUGAUUUUCACUUAGUGACAUGGUUCGCGCGUGAGCGUGAUCGCGCUGCUAAGAUAGACGACUACAUUAGUGCUCUAAAGACUCUGCAUGAAGAUUUUGGGUUUUCAUAUCCGAUAUUAUCUCUUCCAAUGCUUAAUAAAAUAAGACGUGCAAGUAUUACCUCGCUGAGGUCUGUGAGUUUGGAUAAUCCAGAAGAAGAGCAAUUGAAACCAAAUUAUUCUGUCGAUCUACCUGACAGUGGAUACACUAGUUUACCGGGAGGUAGACCUCCAUAUACUAGCUUGAUAAGUCCUGUCGCUAGUCUGGAAACUCAAUUCCCAGCCGUGGAAGCGAAAUUGAUACCACACAUGCUGCAAGACGAGCACAGCGUCCUCAGCGAUUCUAGUACGGUAUGGCGGGAUGAUGUUGAAUCGAUUGUGGGAACUGGUAUCGGUCCUGUUUGCUGGGCUGCAGAUCCAGUUGAACCGACUGAUUUAAAUACUUCUGCAUCUUGCAGUCCUACCAGUCGAGGAGAAGUCCAGUUGAGGUACCUUUUGCAGCUCUUUUUAGAAGGUGGUUGUUUGGGAUGGGCCGCAGUAUUGGCUACAGUUCUCAGAGAUGCUCCAGCUAUGGCAAGAAUCGUGAGAGCUGCAAAUGCUCCAUCACAAACGUUAGAUUCCAUUAUUAAUUUACGGGACGGACUGGUCACGCUGACGAGGUGGUCUAAUUCGGAAUGUUUGGGAUACAAGCCAUUUAUGCUUGGCAUUCAAGCUCAAUUGAGUUUAUUGAAUCGACUAAUAGCUUCAAAGCAGCAACAGGAACAGGAGCAGAUAUUAGAAAAUCCGUCCCCAAGUCCUGCUCCUUCUGCAGGCAGUAAUCCACGUGCAACUGUUUCACGAUCAAGACAUUCUUCAAUUAGUCACGCUUCCACAACUGCUCCAAUGGAAGAAGAAAGAUCCCACGAUUCCUUGCUAACUAUGGAUGAUGGCCUACGUGGAAGUCUUAACAAUGUUAGUGUAGUGGAAACCAAUAACGUACAGUCGGGGUGCAUUGUAUCUUAAUAUCUCAUGCCCAGUAUUCUAAGUAGCCGCCGUAUUUCCGUCACGGUAAUAUGAUUAUUCGAAACGACUGUAUCUCGAGGUGGCGCGACCUAACAAUUUCCAAGAAUCAAAAAUCGAUUGCACUUUGAACCGUGUUAAAUUCAAUGAUCGAUGACCUAAUUCUUAUUGGUGGUGAGGGGAUGAAUACACUUUCCAAGGAGCACGAUAGCAAUAGCAAAAUAAUCAAGGGUAAUAACAGACUACUUGACCGCUCAACAAUAUCUCUUAAGGUGCGUUCUUGAUCAUUGUUAUGAAAUUACCACGUCCCUGCAAAAGUCGAGAGGCUACUUCGAAUGUCAAUUAAUUUGAGCAGUUCUCAGUUUCUCGGUAUUUGGCAUGACAAAUGCGAUGAGUACUGAAAAUGUGAUUGACUGAAACGAUAUCGUUGAAGUGUUAUUUACGCAAGCGAAAUAUACUCGAGAUUUAUCAAGAAUUUAAGUGCUCGAUUUCUCGAAAUUAACAAUCUGAUCUUUUUCUGCAACAAAAAUGCUUCCACCCAGCAAUACCUGUGGGAACACUAGGUCUUAUUUGUGGUAAUUUCAAACUAUGAAUAUAGAACGGAAAGUAGGAAAAAUAAAUAGACUAAUUUUAGUGUAAUUACUCAUCACACAUGAUGGUGUUGUAUGAUAUUAUUAUUGACAAUUUAUUUCUAUCUAUACGAAUGAUGAUACUUAUCUACAUAUAAUAGAUCUACAUAUGAUCGAAGUGCAGUUUUUUCUCGUAUCAACGUUCAGAGGUAUUCAUGUUACCGAUCCUAUGAAGAAUCUGGCCCCUAUUGUCGGCGGUAAUGAAUCGUUUUCGAAAUCUCGUAAGUAGAGAAAAAGCUGUACGAACUUGCAAUGAACAUGUGUAAUAGAAUAAUUGAGGCAAUAGCUGAUUCUUUAUAAUGGCGAUUCAACAUAUGGAAAAGUUUUAUAGCAAUUAAUUUACAAAGAUCUAACAUUAGCAUUUGUAAGUAUAGCCUGAUCAAAAUACGCCUGAUCAUGGUCUGAUUACGUCAAACAUAUUAUAAGGUUCUGAAUUCACAUCAACUGAUAUUCAAUGCCUUCGAAUUAUCUGAUAUUUGAACGGAUCAUUAGGUACAGAUAGACUACAAUGUUGUUGAUUGUAUGUUACCCAUACCCUGAGGAGGCUAACACCGAUUACAAGUCAAUAAGUUAUAUUUAUAAAUAUUGUAAAUUAUUAUCCGGCAAAUAUACAUAUAUUAUAUUUUCUCAUAAAA